AUGCGUCUGAGUCUACACCAUGUCUUUGCUAAAACUGAGAAUAGUAAUGCCAUCAAAUCUCUAGAUGUAGAACAAAAAUCUAUAGACGACUACAUAAAAUAUUACGAAGAACUGACAUACGACACACAAGAGCUCCACAACAAACACUUGAAGGCAAAAAGGUCAACACAAAACAAGAGAUUGGAUCUUAAAUUUACAGCUCAUGACAGAGGAUUCCAUCUAGAUUUGAAGCCGUCCACCUCUGUUUUUACCCGAAACUUUAGAUCCACCCAUAACAAUGGGACGGAGGAUUCCGUGGAUCUAUCUUUUAUAUAUGAGGGAUCUGUUGUAGGUGAGCCUGGGAGCCGCGUCCAUGGAGCGGUCAUUCUGGGGAUUUUCCGGGGGACGAUAUAUAUUCCAGGUGACACGUUAUACCACAUUGAGCCGGCGUACAGAUUCUACGGUCUUAAUGAAGCACAAAAAUUACCGUACCAUUCUGUUAUAUAUAAAGAAGAACACCUUGAUAUAGAUCCAUAUAGAUUCAAACAAGGGACAGAUGCGAGGAGGGGAAGUUGCGCUUUUGAGAGAUACCAAGAUUGGAUGAUCCAUCAAACUGAGGCUGAGGUCGACUUAAAGAGAAAACGGAAUAAAAUCACAGCGAGAGACGAAAUUUUAUCACUAUUCAGCAGCCAUGUUAACGCAUUGAAUGAAAUUUUCCGACGAACAAGAUUUAAAUCCUCAUCUAAAAUCCCAUGCUUCGUUCAAUUUCAAAUCAAGCGGAUUACGGUUAUGACAGACAGCACGGAAAACUGUAACAAUGAUUUAAAAAAGACUGCGUUUUGUCAGGGGAACCUAGACGUCGUUAACUUUCUAAAUCAGCAAUCUCUAUCCAAUCACGACGACUUCUGUCUGGUCUAUACGUUUACCUAUCGGGAUUUUCUAGAAGGAACACUGGGGCUAGCCUGGUUGGGAUCUUCAACAGCAUCAUCAGGAGGCGUUUGUGCGAGAUACAAAUCGUACAGAGAAGGUGCCACUGAAAUCAAGAAAAGCCUGAACACAGGAGUGGUUUCCCUACUCAACUACGGCAAACGUGUCCCACCACGUAUCUCAGAGCUCACAUUUGCUCAUGAAGUCGGACACAACUUCGGCUCUCCUCAUGACAACGAUAAAGCAUGUGCCCAGUCAACGCCUGCUCGGGGGAAUUAUAUCAUGUUUGCAAGCGCCACAAACGGAAACCUGCCAGACAACGACGAUUUCUCAAGCUGUAGCAAAAAAAGCUUUACUGACGUCAUUACUGCUGUUGUGAAUCAAAUUAAUGGAAAGUACAACUGCUUUACACAGUCCAACAUGGCGUUCUGUGGUAAUGGAAUUGUUGAGGAGGGGGAGGAGUGUGAUUGUGGGUAUGAUUCAGACUGUACAGAUAAAUGCUGUAAUCCACAACAAACAAGUGGCCCUGACAGUAAUGCGUGUACACUGAAAAUCAACCAACUUAGCAAUCAGAAAUAUGUUUGCAGCCCUACUCAAGGAGCUUGUUGUUCAUCAGAAUGUGAGUUUUUGGCCAGCGACAAACAGUGUCGACUUUCAACAGCAUGUAUGAAGGCUCAAAAUUGUGUAUAUCCUUUUCCAACUUGUCCUGCACCAGAAAAGGAACCAGACCUAACCUACUGUGAUGAUUUCUCCCAAGUUUGUCUUAAUGGGUCCUGUUCCGGGUCCCUUUGCUUAAGAAUUAAUGGUUCUGGUGAUAGUACUUCAAGGUGGGAGCAAUGCUUCAUCACAAAGACAGGAAAGCUCACAGUACAGGACAGAGUGGACCUGUGUUAUUUGGCUUGUAGAAGGAAAGGUUCCACUCACUGCUAUGCAUCAAAUGGCAAUCUAGACGCUUUGGAAGCUAGAGAAUUCAAGGCUUUCAUGGGGUCCUCGCGUGGAGUGAGAAUGCCAGCAGGAACAGUCUGCAAUGAUUACCAGGGUAUUUGUGACGUAUUUCAUCGAUGCCGAGGAGCGAGUGACGAAGGCCCCUUAAGAAGAUUGACAAACCUCUUGUUUAGUGAGGUGACAUUAACCAUCAAAAGCUGGAUUACAGAACAUUGGUGGGCCACUAUUCUGAUAGGGAUUGUAGCGAUUGUAUCAAUGGGAAUCUUCAUAAAAGUAUUUUCUUAUCAUACUCCUAGUACCAAUCCUCACAAGCCGGCACAGAAUCUAAACAUCCCACUUGGAGAGCUUGGGCACAGCCGUAGGAGAAGGGGCUUCUCGGAAUUCCCUCCGCCAUAUUCACCUCCUGGAGGCCCAGCACAAGGACACAGAAAAGGGUGUAAGUAAAGACAAAAAAUACAGGACAUGUCCAAUACAUAAAGUUUUAAAUCAAGUCAGCUUAUUUAGUUGAAAAACCAACAGAUUUUAACUGACCAUUUCCUGUGAUUGGUUUUGAAGUCAUUUGUGUUGUACAUAGGAUUUCUGCUGGACUAAUUCUACUACUUUAAGUUUCAAGGAACGGUAGCUCUUUGUAAGAAUUCCGGUGAUUGUAAAAAAAAUCUAUGUAAACAUUAAUAAUAAG